AUGUCAAGCCCUCUCUAUAUCGGCUUUGAUCUCUCUACCCAGCAGCUGAAGGGAUUGGUUGUCAAUUCGGAGCUGAAGGUGGAGUAUGUCGCCAAGUUCGACUUCGAUGCCGAUUCCCACGGGUUCCCCAUCAAGAAGGGAGUCCUGAACAACGAAGCGGAGCAUGAGGUCUUCGCCCCGGUCGCUCUGUGGCUACAGGCAUUGGACAGUGUGUUGGAGAACCUGCGCAAGCAGGGACUGGACUUCAGCCGAGUCAAGGGAAUCAGUGCUGCCGGCCAGCAGCACGGGAGUGUCUACUGGGGCCCCAAUGCGGAGCAGCUGCUCCGCAAUCUAGACGCCGGCAAAUCCCUCGAGACACAGCUCGAGGGGGCGUUCUCACACCCAUACAGUCCCAAUUGGCAGGAUUCCAGCACUCAACAAGAAUGCAACGAGUUUGAUGCGGCACUCGGGGAUCCUGAGCAUCUGGCGCAGGCGUCGGGAAGCAAAGCACACCACAGGUUCACAGGACCCCAAAUCCUCCGCUUCACGCGAAAGCACCCGGACGUCUAUCAAAAGACGUCCAGGAUCUCCCUGGUGUCCUCCUUCCUGGCGUCCCUGUUCCUCGGCCAUAUUGCGCCCUUUGACAUCUCCGAUGUGUGUGGCAUGAACCUGUGGAACAUCAAGAAGGGAGCGUACGAUGACCAGUUGAUCGAACUAUGCUCAGGCGUGUUCGGAGUCGAGGAACUCAAGCGGAAGCUUGGUGAGGUGCCGGAAGAUGGAGGCCUGCACCUUGGUCCCGUCCAUGCAUACUUCGUGGAGCGAUUUGGCUUCAGUACCGACUGUACGGUCAUCCCAGCAACCGGCGACAACCCAGCUACUAUCCUGGCGUUGCCGUUGCGCCCAUCGGAUGCCAUGGUCUCACUCGGCACCUCUACCACCUUCCUUAUGUCCACCCCCAGCUACAAACCCGACCCUGCCACACACUUCUUCAACCACCCGACGACCCCCGGAUUGUACAUGUUCAUGUUGUGUUACAAGAACGGUGGUCUGGCCCGGGAGCACGUCCGAGACGCAAUCAACGAUGCCCUGAAGGAUACCCCCGCUCAACCCUGGGCCAACUUUGACAAGGUUGCCCUGCAGACGCCUGCAUUGGGCCAGCCAAAUGCAUCGAGCCCCAUGAAGCUGGGCUUGUUCUUCCCGCGCCACGAGAUCGUGCCAAACAUCCGCAAGGGCCAAUGGCGCUUUACUUACGACCCUAGCACGGGGGCACUGAAGGAGACCACGGACGGCUGGAAUAACCCGCAAGACGAAGCCCGUGCUAUUGUGGAGAGUCAGAUGAUCUCACUGCGUCUGCGGUCUCGGGGCCUGACUCAGAGCCCUGGCGACGGGCUCCCCUCCCAGCCACGACGAGUGUACCUCGUUGGGGGAGGCUCUAAGAAUAAAGCCAUCGCAAAGAUCGCCGGCGAGAUUCUCGGCGGUGUGGAGGGUGUGUAUCAGCUCGACAUCGGCGACAAUGCUUGUGCUCUGGGUGCCGCAUACAAAGCCGUGUGGGGUAUUGAGCGGCAACCGGGUCAAACCUUUGAGAGCCUAAUCGGUGAGCGGUGGAAGGAGGAGGAAUUCAUCGAGAAGAUUGCCGAUGGAUACCAAAAGGGGGUCUAUGAGCACUAUGGCAAGGCUGUGGAGGGCUUUGAGAAGAUGGAACAGCAGGUUUUGCAACAAGAAGCCGACAUGAUCGCAUAA